AUGAACGACAAGUUCAAGAAGUCCCAACAACUUAAGCAUAUUCUCCGAGAUGAGUUCCGUUUCGAACCACAAAGUACUAGAGUAGCUGCAGGGGAAGACAUUGUCAUGGAAUGUUCUCCACCAAAAGGCACACCUGAUCCUCAAGUGAUAUGGCGGAAGGACGGCCAAACGUUAACGAUUGAUGGUCGAUUAAAGUUGGUUGAUGGGUUCAAUCUAGCCAUAACUGACACUAAAACCUCUGAUGAUGGCCGAUAUCAGUGUGUUGCCAAAAAUACAGCGGGUAUCAGAGAGUCCGCCGUUGCCAUUUUAAAAGUUUAUGUAAAACCGUUUAUGGUCCGUCCUCCUGAAGACAUCACAGCAUUGGUAGGAUCAACUGUUGAAUUUUCUUGUGCAGUUGGCGGUGAUCCAGUUCCUGAUGUCCUGUGGCGCAGAACCGCACCCGGUGGUACGAUGCCGUUAGGAAGAGUAAGAGUUUUGGAAGACCGCACUCUACGCCUGGAACAAGUAACUUUACUCGAUCAAGGGCGAUACACUUGCGACGCGGAUAACUUUGCUGGAGCUGUUUCAGCAUCCUCGGUGUUAACUGUCCACGCAUCACCUACAUUUACUACUAGACCUCUCGCCCAAACCGUAGAAGUUGGUCAAGAAGUCAGUUUUCACUGCAGUGUUACGGGAAAUCCGAAGCCUUUUAUUUUCUGGUCAUUUGAGGGCGACAGGGCAUUAGUGUAUGCAGGAUCGUCUCUUGGCAACUUCGAGGCCUUCACAUCCUCAGAAGGUCAAUCCACAUUGAUUCUUAAAGAUGCCCAAGUCCAGAAUUCAGGCACAGUGGUGAUAUGUUCCGCAAUUAACGUAGCUGGUUCCGCAUCGACAAGAACUAGACUUACAGUUACAUCUAAAGAGGACCGUCCUCCACCCGUUAUAAUCCGCGGACCUAGCAAUCAAACGCUGCCAAUAGAUUCGGUGGCAUAUUUAACAUGUGAAGCGAAUGGUAACCCGAAACCUGUUAUUUCCUGGUACAAAGAAGGAGUACCUGUUGCAUCUACGUCACGUAUUAAUAUGACUAACCCUGGUAGAGUAGAAAUUUCCAAAUUACAAAAGGAAGAUUCGGGCGCUUAUACCUGUGUAGCUUCGUCGCGUGGUGGCAAAGCUACAUGGACAGGACAUUUACUAGUCGAAAACCCAAAAAAUCCCAAUAUAAAUUUCUUCAAAGCUCCAGAACCAAUUAUGCUACCAGGGCCGCCGAGUAGACCACACGCUUUAAAUCAGUCAGAAGGCAGUGUCACCAUAGCUUGGGGACAAAAUAAUAAAAUUGGUUCUUCAAGCCUAUUAGGUUAUCAAAUUGAACUGUUUGGCAGGGAAGAGGGUGUUACACCAACCUGGACCGUUGUAGCUCGUCGAAUCCAAGGCCCAACGUAUACCCAACAUCUAUUGUCUCCUGAUGUGCCAUACACUUUUCUGGUACGUGCAGAAAAUGCGCAUGGCUUAGGACCACCGUCGCAAUUGUCAGAACCUGUUAUUGUUGGACCUGAUUCCACUCAAAACUGGGGUAACCCAGAAGUAACUGUAUUGAGUGAAGCUAGAGCCAAUUUGGUGACCACAAAUGAUAUUGUGAAACUUUCUGAAGCAAUACCAGUGACUUCUACAUCCAUUAAACUAAUUUGGCUUGUGUCAGAUUCUACUUAUGUUGAAGGAUUGUACAUUUACUACAUUUGCCUUAAUGGUGCACCUGAACUACCAAAAACUUACAGUAUGCUGACUGUAUUGCACACUGGUGGUUCCUCAAGUUUUACUGUGAAUAACCUAACGAAGUGGUCUAAAUAUGAAUUUUUCCUUGUGCCUUUUUUCAAGACUGUUGAAGGGCAACCUUCCAAUUCCAAGACAAUAAAAACCCUUGAGGAUGUUCCAACUGAACCUCCUUCUAACAUGGAAGCCCUAUUGCUCAAUUCAACCACGGUAUACUUAAAAUGGAAAGCACCACCUACAGUUUCUUUAAACGGAGAACUUCAAGGGUACAAGGUUGAAAUUAAAAGUAAUGGAACUAGUUCUUCUGAAAUAAUUAGUGUUGGUAAAACGCCGAGUUUACUCUUAGGAAAUCUGUCCUCUGGAAUUUCAUAUUUUGUGAGAGUAGCUGCGACAACUAGAAUAGGAUUAGGGCCAUUCAGUGCUCCUGCAACAUUAAGGCUUGACCCAGCAACUAGACCAACUGAUGAUAAUAAUCAGAGGCCAGUUGGGGCAGACAUGCAAUCAGGCGAGUUUAUAACAGAAACAUGGUUCAUGGCACUCCUGAUUAGUAUGGUUUCUGUAAUGGUCUUUCUUUUUGGAGCAAUGUUUUUAGUUCGAAGAAGACAAUUGUUAUCGAAGAAAACAAUGACGCCCAGCCGUUCUAAUGGAGGUGUUUUAACAACUCCAAUGGCUUCUAAACAUGAAACUCCUUUAUGGCUAGAAAAAGAAAGUCUGCCAGAUUAUACAGCUUCUGUACCAGAUUAUUCAAAACUUACUGCAAAUGAUUAUCAUAGGAAAGAAUGUACUAGCAACGGGAUAACAUCUCAAUGCAAUGGUUUUCUGCAUCAUGGCAGUGUGAAUUUACAUUCAAAUCCAUUGCAUCAAAGUGAAUUUAGUCGUCCAGACAAAUUGGAGUACAGUUCGGAAAAGUGUUACCCAAUAAGCGGAAGAAGCUAUAAAGAUUAUUCCAACAUGCAAGUGCAAGAUUAUGCCAGCCCCAACCUAGGACCGGAUUCAAACAGAACUUCUCAAAUAGCUGACUAUGCUGAGGUUGAUACGAACAUGUGUAGCAAGGAUAGUGGUUCCACUUCACCUGCUCCAUACGCAACAACAACUCUUGUUGCUGGAAGUAAAAGAAUGGUAUGGAACAACUGUGGUAUAAGUGCAGACGAAGAGUCUCUAUAUCCAUCAUCGAAUGGUGGCUAUUACAACCGAAAAGUAUAUUCUGAUUCUUACUUUGCUCCAACACACACCCUUAAAAGAGUCAAAAAAGAACGGAAAUCAUCCCAAGAAAAUCCUCCAGAUCUAGUCUCUCCAUCUGGCCAACCAAUUUAUGCCAGAGUUGGACCACCAGGCCUAUCAUGGAGAAAUGGAGCUCCGUCUAUGACUAGCUUCACACCGCAUAAGCAGGUUUACCAUGGGUCAACACGAUCAGAGCCUGAACAAUUGAUAUCUGAAGAAGAGAAUAAUAUGUCAACGUCAGGACAAAGCAGCUACCCUUAAAUUUCACAACAGCGACAAAUUCCUGCAAGACAAUUGUUCAGAAUAUUAUGCAUAAUAUUUUGAUCAAGCCAAAAUUUCUGAUUUAGGUCUGUCUGCAAUCUGCAUCCACAAACAUAAAGUGAACAUGGUGAGGUACAGAAUUUAAAGACCAGAAACAAAUUAUUAUUUUGUUACCAACCUAUUACACGGUUCUAUUACAUAUUUCCCGUUCCAAAAAAUGGAGCUUGGACAAUGAAAGGAUUUGAAGAAGAAGACUGUAAGUGAUAAUUAAUGGAAUAAAUGUAGGUUUAACUAAGAAAAAAAUGGAAAUACUUAAAUAUUUCAUUAAUUUGACAUUCAUAAAAUAUGUUAUUCCUAUAGUGAAAAUAGGAAUACAUCGAUACAUUAGGAAUUUUGCUGAGUUGAAUAAGAUAUAUAUUUUGUAGAUUAUAGUUGAACUUUAAAUAAUGUUACAGACUUAUGUUAUAAGUAAUAACCCUAGAUGAAUAGAAAGACUGAUGUGUUGACUUUCACUGUAUUCAUAUGUUUCACUACUUUUAUCUAGUCAUAAUAUUUUUUAAGAUUUUCUUAGUGUAUCGAAUAUGUUCAUUUUGGAAAAAAAUUGUUCGUCCAGUAAUUGAUAUACUUAGUAAUUAUCACAUUAAAUAAUAAUGUAAAAAUGAAAACUACAAUAAGGAAUUGGCUAUCUUCCACUUAUAUCUUUUAUGUGAUAAUUUAUGUAUAAGUUCAUAUUAUUAGUCAAUUCCUUUCUGCCAUUAUUAAUAUUAUAUGAACAUAAUUUACACUAUCCAGUUGUAUAAAUCACAUAUCAUUUAAUGUAUAAACAUGUGAUUGUAAAAAUAGUAGCGUUUAGUGUAAUCACUUUAUUUUUAAGUAAAAUUUGACCUGCUUGUUAUGUGAAUAUGUAGGAUAUUGUUUCAAUAUUGAAGUAAAAAAUUAAUUUUCAUUGAAUGAGUACGUAUAUUAGACUAAUAAUUUUAUGAGUUAAUUUAUCUGAAAUUAUGAGCGUUUUUCAUAAAUUGGAUAUAUGUAUAACCUGCAAAGCACAAAAUAAUGUAUAUUUCCAGACAUACUUUUCCAAAACUGGUUGUAGAAAGACAUUUGCUCUAAAACAAGUAGUAACUAUUAUUAACUGACUGUUUUAUGAUUUAGUUAUGAUUAUGAAUAACGUAGCAUCGAAAUUUUUUUUGAUACUGUUUAAAAUGAUAAAGCGUAAGUACCUACUUAUAUAAGGAUGUAUCCACUGUUCUGUUUACAGCUGUAUCAUAAAUACGUAUUUUAAAAAUUAAUUUUGUACAAAACCUGAUUCAUAUUGCUAUAACUAAUGUAAAAUUGUUUUUAAUGUUUUAAGUCUUCCUCUAAUUUAUAUUUUCUUUUAGUGUUAAA